UGAUAGCAGACAGACAUUUAAAAAAUACAAACAUGUGGUCUUUCAAAGCUUCUCAAGUAGUUGCACGGCGAUGGUUUUGUAAAAGUUCCAUUUCCAGAGCAGGAAUAGAUUUGAUGUCAUUAGAAAAAAAGCAAAGUCCAGGACGUGAAGAGUUUUAUUUCGAUAUUCUGUACGGUAUUCAUCCAAUCAGUUGCGCCCUCGAAGCAAAACGUCGGACCAUAGAGACCGUCUACUACCGAAGAGAUUUGCUGAACCACAGUGGACGAGUCAAGGAAAUACUGGAACGAUGUUGGGAGGAAAAUAUCAAAACUCUACCGAUACCGGCGAGCAAAAUUGACACAAUUGUACCUAAAGGAAAGCCACAUCAAGGGCUACUUGCAAAGACUACUCGUUUGUAUUACAUACCUACGCCCUGCACUCAGUCUAUUGCUCAAUUAUCCUCUGAGAAAGAGGCUUCCAAACCUGUGUGGCUUCUGCUCAAUGAAAUACAGGAUCCCAUGAAUUUCGGCUCCAUAUUAAGGUCAGCUUACUUUAUGGGAUGUGAUAAGAUUUUCGUCACUUCUCACAAAAGCUGUUCAUUGACUCCAGUUGUAAGCAAAGCCAGUUCUGGGGUCAUGGAGCUGAUGCCUAUCCAUUCCAUCAUGAACACAACUGAAUUUUGCCAAGUUUUAAAAGAGUCCAAAUGGGAUGUUGUGGGAACAGGAUCUAAGACUGACGAAUCCAACGGGACGGCAUGUAAGCCUACUCCAGUUGGUUCAUUUCAAUUGAGUAAUCCAACUCUCAUCAUAUUAGGAAACGAAGGGCGUGGGCUUCCGGACGAACUUGUGGACCUCUGCACCCACCAAAUCUACGUUGAAUCUCGAAGCAACCUCAAUAAGAACGUGGAUUCGAUGAAUGUUUCCGCUGCUGCCGCCGUUAUCUUGCACAGCGUUCUCAAUAAUAGCAACAACAAUCGCAGAUAGUCGUUCGGAAUUCCUUACUUUGUCAUGCACGUAAUAAUGGCACUAGGUGAAAGCUGGGCCUUUAUAUUCAACCGGCUUUUCAGUUUCGUUUAGAGUAUAUGCUUCAGGCGACUUAGGCGUGUUUCCCUCACAAUGCAAAGGUCCCACUCAUUUCUUUCUUUAAGUCUUCAUUCUCUACGUGCGCGCUACCAGGGCUGGAUCGCAAGAUUGAUUAGUCUUAGUUCCAAGGACUUGCAAUUUUUUGAACGGAUUAUUCUAUAUACAUUGUGGUACUAAACUGGCAAUUUGGUGGAAUGAAUUUAAUGCACGGAUUUAUUUGAAAUUUUCUCGUUUAUAGUUUAAACUGAAGGUGGCGAUAUGCAGAGGUUUUUUCGAUCAAGAAAGAGAAUUCUGUUGUUGGCGAUGACCGUCUUGCUAAUUGUUUUCUUGAGUGAUUGUGCAGUGGACGCCGCGGUUGCAGGACAGCGGAUAUCGGAUAUUAAAGAGGACUCUGUAUUAUUAACAUCGCCAGCGCACAACAUCGUCAAGAGGCACUUUAAAUUUUACGAUGAUAAAAAGUAUGGAGAUGGUAGUUUAAAGAAAUUUUUCAUCAUGCUCAAGAUUAUUUUGACACUUUUUGGUAAACAUUAGCAUUUCCCUUGAAUUAGAUUUUCCUUUGUGUCCUUAUAAGUGAAUGUACUACUGUAUUGUGUAAGAUUAUGCGUCCAACACUAUUCACCCCAUUUCUCAGGCAUGUACUAAAAGAAUGCUUUAGAGACAUUUACUACUGUUCCAUCAAUCAUUUAUGUAUUAAAAAUGGUCAAAUGAAGAAAAACACAAAACAACCCCCAAAUAUUGCAAUAAAACUGAGUCAAUAAGUUAAA